CGAUAGUUUCAAUAGUGUCAAAUCAAAUAUUCGAUAUAUCGAUAGCGCCAUGAGUGGUUUUGCUGGCCUAGAAAAGCGAAGUGCGUGUAAUUCCUACAAUUAAAUUCUAAUUUGCUAGAGGAAAAAUUGAUUUCAAAUGCUUAAAAAGCCUUCGAUGCAGCAAAUUACUAAGCAUCUACAAAUUUAAUGGAGUCUAACUACGGGAACUUGCAGAAUAUGCUACCCCUACUUGGUUCCAUUGCCGGCAAUGGCAAUAGCGGUAAUAACAAUCAAAAUUUCAUCAAUCAACUUGCUGCAGCAAUAUCUACAGCGGUUGGCGCCGUAAAUGCCGCGACAACCACACCCUCUACAACGGCUGGCGGUGCUAACACAUCCAGCAAUUCAAAUGAGCGUCAGCGCACUCCCGAGCCGCCACCAGCUCCACGAUUCCGUUUGAAAUCACCGACAAGAAUAAAACCGAAUCGGGGUACAGCGCCAAUGGAUAUUGAAAAUGAAUCGGAGACUGAGCACGUCAACACUGUUACUAAACAAACUGCUAAUACUUCUAUGCCCCCGUUGACUGAUGUAAAUAUGACUGCUGAUAAAUUGGCAAUGGGAAUGCCUAAUAUGUUUAUGAAUGGAUUUAUGCCCCCAAAUAUGGCACACGGCAGCGGCAUCAAUGCCACACCCUACAUGUUUUAUCAAACUUCCGCGCCAACAAAUGCGGCUUCCACUUCAGCAGCAGCUGCGCUAGCCGCCAAUCAAAUGUUUAUGGAUCCGACGACGAUGCUAGCAGCAAUGCAGCAAAUGCAACAAACUUAUAAUGCUAACUUUGGCGCAGCGUUACCAAAUGCCGAAGGUGGUGUAAAUGGGCAGUUACCAGCAGUUGGCGCCACAGGUGCUGUUUCUGGCAUGAAAGAAGUGAUAAAAACUAAAAACUGCAUACUCUUUCCACCCAACCCGAGUGCACCGCCUCCAACCACACGAGAGCGGCCGCCAGGUUGCCGUACAGUCUUUGUAGGCGGCCUACCGGAAAACUCCACUGAGGAGCUCAUACGCGAAAUAUUCGAAUCUUGUGGUGAAAUAACCACACUGCGUGCAUCCAAGAAAAACUUCUGUCACAUACGUUAUCGCCACGAGGCAUCUGUUGAUCGUGCCAUCUACCUUUCUGGCUACCGCGUACGUAUUUCUAACACAAGUGAACCCGCAAACUUUGGCCGCCUCCAUGUUGAUUAUGCACAAGCGCGCGAUGAUCUUUAUGAUUUCGAAUGUAAACAACGGCAAUUGCAGCGUGAGCAACGCCAUCGUGAACGUCUAUCCACUGACCGCCUACGUUCUCAAUCACCACCACCCAUACCACAUUAUAAUGACCACGAAGCAUCGCUAGUCGCCGAGCAUCUGCGUAGUGGUGACACUUUUGUAAAGGCCGUACAGACGAUUGCCGUUUGGUUGGAGCGUGGUGAUUGUAAAAAGCACAAUGCAAAUAUGUUUUAUUCAAUGAUACAAAGCACACACGCACAUGUACGCCGUUUGCAUACAGAUAAACAGCAGUUAGAGGAUGAUUUACGCAAAGCUCGUGAGAGUUAUCGCAAACAAAUGCUGAUCAUGUCCGCACAAUGUAAGUAAUGUUUAUUGUUGGUAUAUAUUUUUGAGCUUUGAUGUAGUUUUGAAAGAUGUGUAUGGUCUUGAAACGCGCUGUAGUUUUGUUUAGCGCCGCGCGUAUUAGGGUUGUGCGCGUUGUUUUGCAAGGAAACAGUAAGUGCAUUAGUUACAAAUUUAUGAAACUUGCGAAACUUCGACUGCAUAGCAUUAUAGUGCUUAGUACUUAAACUAAACGGCUUUAAGCAGGGUUUGUGCCUUUAAUAGGUUUUGCAUCAACACGAUUUCGUUACAACUCAGUAUUUAUCUUAAAUUCCACCAAAAAUAAUGACAUUGGUAAAUAUGUAAAAAAAAUUGUAAAAGGUCGGUAUAGUUGCAACAGGGCAUAAUUAUUUUGAAUUGGCUUUUAUUCAAGUUUUUACGUAUGUUUCUAUAUAAAAUGAAAGAAAAACCUUUCAGCACAAUGAAGCCUAAAUAAAUUAAAUAUAUUCUAUGUAAGGGCACCUUGGGCCUCAAGGGCUUAUUUUUUGGCGCAAUUUUGUUUUUGUUGUUUCACAAAAGUUUGCAUUAAAAACGGCCUCUAGCUCAAUAAAAUCAUCAAGUACUAAUUGUUAUUAGGCCAAGAAGAUAACAAAAACAAAAGAUAACUUAUCAAAAAUGCAUAGUUUCAUCUCUGACGGGGACAGAUAUUGCGAAUAAGAUAUUUGAAGUUUUUCUUUAUAUUUGUAAUGUGUAACUCAUAAAUUCUUAGCCGGAAACGCAAUGCCUUUCUACUAUUUCUCUCAAAAUAAUUUUGCCUUGCAAUUUUGUAAGUCACUAGGCGACACAGCGCACUUACAUAUGUACGUAUGUGAAAAAGUCAACUUUAAUUUUGGGAUCAUAGUUUUCCAAAAAGGAAACAAUAAAGCGCAAAAAGGUUUGUAAAAGUAUUUGCGACAGGUAAAUCAGAAUUAAACUAAGGCUAAGCCAACAACAAUUGCCACAAGUGCAAGGAAGUAAGGAACUUAAAUAGAACGGAUCAAAGUUUAUUGGUAAACAAAAGCGAAAAGCAGUAAAUAAAAAAUAGCGAAAAAAUAUGUGCGUCUAUAUAGCUUUCUUAUAUGUACUCCGUCUUUAUCAUUUUAAGUUUUUUUUUUUUCAAAAAUACAUUUACCUAUUCUCAUAACACAAAUUGCUUUAAUUAAAAA